CUGGUUUACGGCGGUGAUCUUUUCCGGCGGUAACGGAAGUAAACGAGCGGAGCGUGGAAGGACGAGGUUAUUUGGGGUUUGUGUAAAAGCAGUCAUGUAUCGGUGUGUGUUUCGCGCAGUGUGUCCGGUCCGCCAGCCUGCAGCUCAUGUCUUUGAGACGUGUGUGUUGCCGGCCAGGUGUGUUCAGGUGUUCAGAGUUGCAGAUGGAGGUGGAGCCAAAGCCCUAAGCACAACCUCAACCAGCUUCUGUGAAAAAAGUGAUGGUGUCACACCCCCUGAGCGAGAUGGAAAAAGAAGUGAAGAUAAAGAUAGUCACUUGUCAGAAACUGCAAAUUCAGUUGAAGGGAAAACUGAUGAUGGCAGCAAAGUCAUCAGGAUGGCUGAACAAAGGGAGGACUCAGCAGUGUUAAAGACCAGUGAAGGAGGCGCCGCACCGCAGGGGGGUGUUACAGUCGAGCAGGAGGUGGGAAAACCAACACAAGUAAAAGGUGAUGUGGCUAAGAGCGGGAAGGAGAGCCUCUUGGGCCUGCUGGGAGCCAUGAAGGUGGAGGUUACCAACAAGAAGAAGCUGAAGAACUUGAAGGCCAAGCAAAGAUAUGAGCCUGCCGUCAAGCCCAACCCAGCGGCACUGGAGAGCACCAUCAGUAUGUUUCAGAAAGCCACAGCGGAGUCUUCAGCCCACAGUGAGACUCUGGACCCUGACCUGGUGGCGGCUGCCUCAGCUGCUGCCUCCACGCUGCCCAACCAGAGCCAGGCCGAGUCGGAGCUGCUCAGACAGCUGAGGCGGCACGAGGCCGUGACUGAGGCCCAGAGGAAAGGGGACAUGAGCAACUUAGGAGUAAUUAUUGCUGACAUGAAAGUGGGAAGGAGGCCCAACCGGCAGAAUGCUCGUCCAGCAAACCAGAUCCGCUUUGAUGACGACGGACAAGGAUACACACAUGACAGGAGCAUCACCGCUGAGCUGGAUGGUGUCAGGAGAAGGAGGAACUUGUUCUCAGGGAAAAGACUAGGCAUCUUUUCUCCCACUACUGAUGAAGACAAAACGCCCCCACCACCUGCUAAGCCAACCAUAUGGGACGUGGACUUUGCUAAUCACUUGGUCCUGUCCACCAACCAAAUGCCCCGUAAUGGGUUUGAGGAAAUGAUCCAGUGGACCAGAGAGGGAAAACUGUGGCAGUAUCCAGUCAACAACGAAGCUGGCCUGGAGGAGGAAGCCAGUGUGCCUUUCCAUGAGCACGUGUUCCUGGAGAAACACUUGGAGGAGGGCUUCCCGAGUCAGGGACCUGUGCGGCACUUCAUGGAGCUGGUGGUAUCCGGUCUGUCCAAAAACCCGUACGUGACUGUCCAGCAGAAGAAGGAGCACAUUGCCUGGUUCAGGGACUACUUCCAGCAAAAGACAGACAUCCUCCAGGAGGCUGACGUUUACCUCAACUAACCUGGGACACUUAAAUAUAUUGUAUUGUGUGGGCUGUGGAUGCACUAGAGCAAGGCUCAAGUUUCCUGAAGGCAUGUUGGUGCUAAGAUUGCCUUUAGCCACCGAAUUAAAGUUAAAAUGAGGAGGGUGACUGUUAGAAGACGUUUGUCAGAAAGGGUCGUUACAAAGUCUGGAUAUCAGUGUCGAAAAUCGAACAAUAUUUACUGUGUCUGAAAUUGUGAUCAGACUAUAGAACCAACGUCUAUCACUUCACUGUUGGCAGGAUGUUUGAUGGAGAAACAAUGUGAAGAAAGUGACAUGCUGCUAAUGAAAGCUCCUGUGCAGAGUAAACCUGAAAGAACAGCAACAACACCAUCAAAUCUUUGUCCAUUCCAGUGUAAACAAGUAACUUCAUCUUAGUGUAGUUCUGUCCAUUUCCUCAUACACCCCACUGCCUCUAAAAUGUAUCUGAAACUUACUCCACACGCUCAUUUGUACGGUAACAUUUUGACAUGGUCAAAAAAUAAUGACACGAGGCCCACUUUGCUAUUUAUGUCAAAGCAGUGCAAGAAACCAAUCCUGUGUCAGCCUAAAGAUGUUAACUCUUACAGUAUUGAACAUAAUUCACCCAAAUAAAGUUUUGCAAUUGAUGUUUUGAUGGAGUAAUGAUGGAAUUACAUUGAAUUCUCAAUUUGGUUACCCUUAAUGGUAUUUUAAAUGACGUUUGAUGUACUGUUGAACUGUAUUGCAGUCAGUGGGAUCAAAUAUAAUGAAUACAACCAACAGUAAUGAUCAGGUGUUUAUGAAAGGCAACAGACUAAAAAAAUGCGGAGAACAUGCACUAGUAUGACCCGAAUACAGAUAAAGGCAUACAGCAUGGCAAUGACUGACGGAAAAAAAUAAUAAAAUAAAAUAACUAUGUUCUAUUA